UGUGUUGCCAUCACAACAAACCUCUGGAUGUUGGGCACUGAAGCGUGCAGACGACGACGUACACACCAACGUUCACAUCAGUAGUCUUUUCAUCAUGGCUGAUCACCUUGCCUCGAUCUACGGCACUGAAAAGGACAAGGUCAACUGCUCCUUUUAUUUCAAAAUUGGGGCCUGCCGGCAUGGUGACCGGUGUUCCCGCAAGCACGUCAAACCCACCUUUUCCCAAACGGUUCUAUUAUCGAACGUGUAUCAGAAUCCUGCGCACGAGGCAAAUUGUGCUUUGACAGAGCCGGAUCUGCAGGAGCAUUUUGAUGCGUUUUUUGAGGAUGUAUUUGUAGAGUUGGCAAAGUAUGGGGAGAUUGAGGAGAUGAAUGUUUGUGAUAAUGUCGGGGAUCAUCUUGUUGGAAACGUGUAUGUAAGAUACAAAUAUGAGGAAGAUGCAGGGAAGGCUGUGGAGGAGCUCAAUAAUCGAUUUUACGCUGGACGUCCGCUUUACGCCGAGUUGUCUCCUGUUACUGAUUUUGGGGAAGCCUGUUGUCGACAGUAUGAAAAUGCAGAGUGCACACGCGGAGGCUUUUGCAAUUUCAUGCACCUCAAACUCGUGUCGCGCCCACUCGAAAAGGAACUAUUUGCUGCACAAGAAAAAUCUCUGUAUAUGAUGAAAAAGGAACGACGCAGGGAUCGAUCGCGGUCUCGGGAUCGGAGACGGUCGCGAUCUCGGAGUGGAAGUCGACAUUCCAAACGGCGGGUCAAGCGAGACUAUGAUGCGAAGCGAGAUUACGAUGAUGGGUAUUAAUGGAGCGCAUGUGCAAAGAUGGCUGACGAAUGAUGAUGGGGACUAGGGAUGAGAGAAUAAGCAGGAGUAUGCAAUUCCUAGUAGAAUGAUUUGGGAAAGUGUUCCUGUCAUGGAGAUUGUAUAUGCGAUGGUGUUGGUUACGAGUGGAACAAUAAAUUGUGUGUGUUUCCAGCGAAAUUGAGUAGCAUUUUCAUCUACCCAAAAUGCUUAUAUGUGUGUGUGUGCGAACAUCAACGCUGUGUGUGCC